AUGAACACCGUCCAAGGUCUUCAGACCGCUCUUCGACUUUCGACCUCAGACAAAAUCAAAGACCGUACUCAAGGUAUAGACCUUGUUAGGGAAAUAUUCAGUAAUCGAGAAAACCUCAAUGCGUUUGGAGAUACGGCUAGGAAAGAAGGUGGUGCAGCAUGGAUAGCGUUUUAUCAAUGCUUAUUCCAAGUGGUAGUGAUGGAGAAGAAAGCUGUUGUCAAGCCCGGGGCGACCACUACUGCCGAUAAACGAUUAGCAGAUGCUAUAUCUCUCAUUCGAUGGAUGACUGAACGUACGGUUCAUAUGAUUUCGAAGAAACCCUUCAUCGCCCUCUUCAAUCAUAUGACUAGCCUGUUGGUAUUCUCAUCUUCAAUAUUUCCUCCUGCAGCAUUAGACUACACUAAAGCUUUGAAAACUCUUCUGAGCUACUCUCCCCAUCUCGAGAGUCUAGAUCAACCGAGCUGGAAAAUCCUGAUGGGAGUAUGUUGGGCAUCAAUAUUAGGGGAUGAAAUCGCAAUAGAAGAUGCAUGGGAUGAUGAACAAAAUCUAGUAGAAAACGGCGAGAACAGGAUGGAUAUCGACGGUCCUUCAACGCAAGCUGCUUCAACCUCAAGGAAGGCUGGUCGAUCAACGAUAUCUCAAGUCAAUACGGAACUUUUAACCCUCAUCCCCAUACUCCUAUCUUCCUCAGCAGCUCCGAUCAUCCCGACUCUACCAGCCAAGAGCACAGCUCAAGGGCCUCCAGAGAAAGUUGGAUACUCAAUUCUUCUCAAAAUUCACCGCUUCUUCAAUCUCUACCCUACAGAAACUUCCGCUCACUUGUCGGUACUUCAUUCACUCAACAUACUCUUAGCGGAGCUGGAACUGAAUAGUCGGGAUGAGGUCGUAUCAGCCGGCCUUAAGCUUCUUCCACAGCUAGUAGCUUUAUGGGGCACCAGAAACAAAGCCCUACGAGAACAAGUGAUAAUCUCACUCAGAACACUAUUCCCCUUCGUUACCCAUAGAUCGCUGGUAGAACGUAAAUAUGCUAUGGCGGUACGAGAUACGCUUGAAAUCCUGAUGAACGGACUCUCAAAGGAGACUUUGAACAAACGGGGAAUUGAACCGUUAGAUCUAAUUGUUUUAAGGAUGAGAUCGAGAGAAGGGAAGGAAGGACCGUUCGAGCUGAAAGGUCUCGGAGCAGGAUUUGAAUUUACCCACGAGAAUGCUAUGACCUGGGCAGUAUUAGAGCUAUACCGAGACACCUGCUUAUAUCUGUACGAAUCUCAAUCACCAUCUCACCCUGCAACCCCAAGUCGAGAUGGUGCAUCAUCGAAACGCCGACGUAUUGAGAAUACUUUCACAUCUCUGAUAUCGAGUACGCUUUCUGGGACAUCUAAAAGUCGUCUUCUGUCUCUACAAGUCCUUAUUUUCUUUUCUGACAAGUAUCUGGACAAAAUCCACGACGAAGCACACAUAGAUAUAAGGCAUACCAUGCUUGAAGUCCUGGAUGACGAUGAUGAGGUCCUCCAAUCCUGGGCCUUUGUGGGUCUUACAGUUCUCGCCAAGAGCUAUCAAGAACAUGAUAAGAAGAUAGAUACCGAAAGUAGUGUGUUGCUGGACUCUCCUUCGUCCAGAGAUGCACGGAAGAAAUCUGAGGAGGGAGACUGGAAGAAAGUUUGGUUUCAUGCCGUCCGCAAAUAUUCCAAUGCCAACACAUGUAGAGCAGCAUGCCAUGCUGCCUGCUCUCUUUUCCAACUGGACAAAAUCGAUUCUUCUCAAGCCAUCAAAGAUUUCCGGUCAAUCCUUCAAAACAUUGACAUACAAGGUCCCGUCUUUCCCUACGAUUCCGUUUGCGCCUUUUUGACCCUUAUCCUGGGUAUAGCAAGGUCUGAUGUGCGAAUGUACUCACUCGAGCUGGAGGAUAAAGCGCUGAACUGGCUGGAAAAGUGUACUUUAAUGGAUGGUCCUAGAGGAAACGCAAGGAUGGAACAAUUUACCCCAUCAGAUGUUGCUCGACUUUUGGCAUCAAUAUCCAGGUAUCGCUGCUAUCCCUUAUGCGAUAUCACAACCAUCGAGGUCUUACCGGAUGCCGCUGUCGUCGAUCGUGUUUUGGAAGAAGCGAACACGAAACGAAUACGUGACUUCCUGCUCCACGGAAUCCUUACAACCCCAUCGAUGACGAAUGUCGAUGGUUCGCCUUCCUCCACAACUGAUACUCACACUGCUGCUAUCGUGUCCGACUCUCUAAUGUUUCUAGAAGGUCGAGCUCGACGAAUCUCCCUUUUGCUCUCGUCCUCGCUACAGUCUCAAACGGCUGAUUGGGAGCUGAGCAAAGGCACCUCUGCUCCUCCCGAGAGGGUCAGACGAUGUAUCGAUCUUAUAGUCCUUGCCAUUUCAUUCCAAGCUACGAUACAGCUCAACGGAAGUGUACCUGACUCAGACUGUAUUCACUCAGCUAUAAAGCUCAUCAGCGCCGUUCAGCCUUCGCUUCUUUCUAGCGGCCAUUCCAUUCCCGCUCAACACUUGAUCUGGAGAGGUUUUGAACCAUUGGUAUAUUCUCCGACAAAUGAAGAUGUAGCGUGGUCAAUAUUGAUUCAGCCAGAUGUCCAGUCCGGGAUACGACAAGAUUUGCUUCCAGCGGCGAAGUAUGACUUGACACUUACGCAGGGGUCAGGACGUGAGGAUCAAGGUGCAACAGGUCAUUAUCAAUCCGGAUCUUACUCAACACCAUCGCUCAAUCUACCUAGCCAGAUUCCUGCCAGUGGAUCUAUCCUUCCUAUCAAUCCUAUCACGCCCAGUAGUCUGAGCUCUCAGACCAGACCAGCACCCCAACAACUAGUGAAUCAGAUCUGGCUACUUUCUGCGGUGUCUGCUGCCUUCAAAGAUAUCUUCGGUCUCUGCUUACAAUUGGUUAACAACCUGAAUACCCUGGCGGUCGCUCACGGGACUUUGACGCCUGGUCCAGGUCAUGUUGACGACGAUGAUUUCGGGGAGAUCAGAAAUGCCGAGUCGGAUGCAAUGCCCGUUUCGAAGGAAGCCCUUGAGUGUCAACGCACCUCAGCUUCCCUUCUCAGUACCGCCAUUGGCUUACGGUUGAAAGGCUAUAUGUUCUCGUCCAAUCUCCAGCGACCUUACAAAGAUCCUCAACUCGUCAACGCUCUUCUCGUGGCGGAAGGAUCAAGGUUCAUUGAGAUUGGCAAAUCAAUCUGCAUGGCAGUACAAAAUCACUGGUUACGACUUGGUCCGGAUGCGGUGGAAUUGGUAUUAGACACCCUGGAAGAGAUGCUUCGAUCUUAUGCCUACUCUCGAGAUACUGGUCUUCUUAGCUUGCUUUUGGAGGUAGCUCGCUGCUCGAUGUCUGUAUGGCUAGGAUCAGGCGAAACUAAAUCCGCCUUGGGAGAAAGAGCGAUGCACGAUGUAUGCUUCAUCGCCAGUCGAAUCGAUAAAUGUACCAUAACAUCCUGGAAGGUGAAGAUCGAGAUGCUCCGCUUCUUAGACGAGUUUUUGCCUUACGAAUCAGCAAAUGAUCUCUGGCAAGAAGGUAUAGCGGAUCAUGUAGAAACCGAUGAAGAAGCAGAGGACUCCAAUGCUCUCGCUUAUCUUUCUGGGUCCUUAUUCGACAUGGACUGUAGAGUAAGGAUGCGAGCUGUUACUUCGGCUUCAACAGUUUUCUAUCGACCUAUUCUGCCUCUCGAAAAACAUAAAGGCUUUUAUUUUUCUACCCUCUUUCAACGCCACACUGAUCAUCAACAUUUCGAUUCCAUGAUCACCGAUAUAUUGUGGAAACUCAAUUGCUGUAUCGCUACCCCUCAACAACGUUCAGCGGCUGUUUUUCAUCUGUACGAAAUCCCUGCUAUCACCACCAAAUAUAAUAGUCAUCUUCAAUUGGGUCUCGAGGCUGUUUCUCGUCAACUGGGUCUGACAUCAAUCUCCGAGUUAUACCUGCCUUACGCUAUCACGAUCAUUCGGAGUCAGCUGUUGGAAGGGCAAUUGACCAUGCGGGUGCCUCAUCGAUUAUAUGGCUUUUCUACUCGCAAAGCACAUUCUGUUGCUUGCAUCAACGCAGUCGGUCCUUUCAUGUUGGCAAACCAGUUCAACGACUUCUUUUCGUCGGCAUGUGAUGCUGCUGGUAUACCACUUGAAGACGCUGUUGAUCGAGCUUUCUCAUCCACUGCUGCCUUGAUCUUCGCUCAGACCUUCUUUCCCAAAGCCGUGCAGCCCAUCAGAAGUUCACUGGAUAGUUUAGGAAAUUUGCCCGGGUACGCAAGCAAGAAAGGAUUGAACAAGAAAUUGAACCAAGAGAUCGAUGGGAUUGCCGCGCAUCUAUGGGAAUUACUGGAUUUGGAUCUUUCGACUGAUAUGAUCGCCGACACUCUGAACGAUCUUACUCAAAACAACGGUACCGGAUCACUUUUCAUCGAUUUGAUGUCCAACGACAUCAGCACUGAAGGAGUCAGAGCUAUUGAUCCUCUUGCAAGUGUACAUAACAUUGUUGCUGCUUAUCAGUCCAUCAAAGAGCAGUACCCAUCUUUGUCAACUACGAGGAUGGUGUUCAACACGAUCCUUUGCUUGACUGGAAGAAUAAACGAUGUCUUCCUCGUUAGCGAGCAACGUCGUUACCUUCGUUCGUUGGCUUUGAUGAUUGCUCUGCACCAAGAAGAUUUCCGUCACCCUACUAUUCUUCAUACAUACCUUCGGGAAAUGCUGGCUUUACUUCCUCAACCUGAUAUAUGUGGCUUAGUCAUUUCUUUUGUGGGAUGGGGUUUCAGACGACUUGAAUCUGUCAAAACUCCAGUCACAAAUUUGACGAAUCUUUUCAUCCAACUCGGAGCAUCGCGCGUAGCUUUGGAUGAUUCCAAUGAAAGUGGAAGGGAAGUAGGAUUGCAAUUGGAAGAGUGGAUCUCAAAAUGUGCAAAAGCUUGGGCGACUUCAGAUAUCAGUCGUGUACCCUUCGAAGCUGCUUUAGCUCUUUGGCCAGAAAGUCUUCGGCAGAAAGUGACCAAUUCAUAUUCGCCUUUGAUCACCGACCUGAUUAAUCUCAGUGAGGGUGGAACGAUAAUAAGUGCUGGAGAGUUAUGCAAACAGUAUCUCGAAAUCGUCAAAAGUGGUACAAGAGUUGAGGCAUUGGCAAUUUUUGUUGAGUCACUAUUCUGGCAUCUUAAGGGUAAAUUGCUAAACAAUUACGAUAUCGAAGGAAGCAAAGCUUUUCUUGAAAUACUUUACCUGGCGAGUGGUCAUAUUCAUGCGCCGCCUUUGGACUCAAUGGCUAUCUUCUCUCCUCAUGGCACCAAUCAUUCAGGUGUAUCUUCGUCUAAACAGCUUCAAGAUCCUGAAGGAACUCUGCGGGCUUCAAUCAUACAAGAAAUAGUGAAGCUUACCGAUGAUGACAAUCACGCAACUCGAUCGAUCGCUUAUAGGGUGAUGCAGGGGAUGUUGCCUCUCAUCAAAGAUAUGCUGAACUCAGCGAUCCUACCACCUCAUCUGGUCGCUCAAUUGUCUGUACUCACUCCGGCUCAGAUUUCCUCUUCUAAUGGUAAAGAAGUGGCACUCGAUGGAACUAUCAAUACCACCAAUUGGAUCAAAUAUUCCAGGUCCGCGUCUCACUGGUCGAAAGAACUAGUCAAAGUCCUCUGUGAAGUCGUUUCUUCUGAUGACCCGUUUUACCGAUCCUUAGAACCCCUUUUAACCUCUUCGAAUAUCUCAACUAGAUUCCUACUACCCUAUCUGAUUCAAGCUGCCUUAACUUGCGGAUCAUCCGAGCAUGCUGAAGUCACGGUACAAAGGUCAAAAGUGCUCUCUGAACAUUUCACCAUGGCACUGCAGUGGCCUUCGGCAAGCUUGGAAACCACCCAUUCAAUCUUGGACACCGUACUGAGACUUAGACACUAUCAGCCGAGCUACAGUAAUAGCGAAUUGGGUUAUAACGAUUGGUUGGAAAUAGACUCUGUCAUCCUUAGUGAGAGUGCUAUCAAAUGUGGUUCAUAUGCAACGGCUUUAUUGUUUUUGGAAUUAGCCAGAGAUCAAGAAAAGGGUAGACAAGUCGAUUUAGGUGACACAAGGAUUCAGAAGAUCAUGUACGAAAUAUACAGCAACGUGGAAGACCCCGAUGGUUUUUAUGGUAUCGAAAAUCACGAUGUCCGGGACGCACUUCUUCGUCGGCUAGAACACGAAGGUCAGUCGCAGCGGGCGUUCAGUUGGAACGGAGCUUUGAAUGAAGCUAGUCCGAUUGGUCGAUCAAAUCAGACAUUUCUAUCUGGAUUACAUAACUUACAUUCGUUUGGCUUCAAUCGAUUGGCUAGCUCAAUGUCAUUCCAGAGUCAUCACGGCAGUGGAGUGGAAGAAGAUCCAUUCUUCUUUGAAUUAGCGUGGAGAACAGGUGAUUGGGAAUUACCGAUGACUGAACAGGCAUCAAAGACACCCCAGGGUAACCUGUAUUCUGCCCUGAGAGCCGUACAUAGAGAACGUGAUUCGCAUGCUGCAUUGAGCGUGGUGAACAGCUCUAUCAAAGUGGAGAUUGAUAGGCUGAGUGAGUUGGGGAUGGAAAGAAUGGCUCAAAUCAAGAAGACUACCACAAAUUUACUAUGUUUGAGAGAAGCUGCUCAUUGGUUGGAUAAUGGGCUACAGACAAGUAUCGAUAUGGCGUCAAAUAAUAUAGAAGCUGCGAAAGCUGUUCAGAGAUUUUCUGAGAUGAACAAAUCGUUCGAGUUCUCGGAUGCUGAACGUCUCACCGCGACCCGAGUUUCGCUUCUUCAUUCUGGUCUGCAGAGGGAAGAUAAGAAUACCAUCGGAGAUCUUCUGAGCCCAAGAGCCGAACUGUUGCUUUCUCUUGAGAAAGCAUGCUACCUAUGUCUUGGUGAGAUGGCGCGAGACGAUGGGAAUCUUCAAGCUUCGAUAAAUGCCGUCACAGCGGUCCAGCAACUGGAGUUUGGUAGGGCACCUUCAGAUGCGGCUCAAGACGCAUUUAGUCAUGUAUUAUGGGCUCAGAAUGAGCAUGGCUUAGCUAUUCAGCAUGCUCGAGGUCUUCUACAAGAUGCUCAGAAUCGAAAGUCUGCUAACCAAGGGAGACUGGCGAUUUUGCAAGGUAGAAUUGGUCACUGGACAGCUCUAGCUAAGCUCAAAUCCGCAUUUGAAAUCAAAGUUAUAUUUGAUCAGUCAUGCGGGCUUGCACAAAAGUAUAAAAUACCUGCAGAAGAUCAAGCAAGAAUCUUUUAUGAAUACGCCUGUUUCGCCGAUAAUCAUUACAACAAUCUCGCCAAAUCUUCUGAAUUGGAAAGGCUCAAAUCGUACCAUGACCGAAGAACGCAGAAUUUGCAAAACAUGUCAUCCACUCUCAAGUCGAGUUCAAGAAGAGAGAGUACAAACUCCAAAUCUUCAAAGGCCGCCCAAGAAGCAGAAGAAGAUGUCAAAACCAUCAAGGAACUGGAAUCCGGACGAUUGACAUACAUCAAAACGGCUCUGAAGAUGUAUGCUCAGGCGUUGGCGCUAUCCAAUGCCUAUGACGACUCUAUUACUCAAUUGGUCUCCUUAUGGCUUCAACACGAUGACAACGAAGAAGUCAACAGUAGUUUCUCCUCCUAUCUGAAUCGGAUCCCAUCGCACAAAUUUGUGUUUCUAGGUCCUCAACUUGCUGCGAGGCUUUAUAGACCUACAACACCGACAAGUUUCAAUUCCAAUUUGAAUGGUUUGAUGUUGAAGAUGAGCAAAGAGCAUCCUUUCCACAUUUUAUAUCAAGUGAUCACGCUUGCACAUGGGAUUUCACCACCGACAUCAGCCAGAAGAAAGUCCACUGAUGCCGAGAACCAAGGACGUGGACCUGCGGCUUUGGAGAUUUUAUAUCACCUAAAUGCUUUGCCUAACGAUAACGUAUCUCACAAGGCAGCGAAACAAAUGAAGGUCUUCGUUGUGGCUUCAGUGAAUUGGUCAAGAUUCGAGGAGAACUUACAUUCAAGUGAAGAUGGUUCGAUACCUAAAAAACCUAAAGCAGGAUCGACACACAUGUUACCAGCGAACUCUCCUCUAAGUAACUUACGGUUAGAUAUUCCAAUAGCCACUUGUCCACCUCCCAUCGACCUUUCUUGUCGGUAUGACAAUAUACCGACUCUCCUUAGAUAUAGGUCAAACUAUAUGAUCGCCGGAGGUGUACACAGACCUAGGAUUAUGAGAUGCAUCGAUUCCACCAACAAACAACAUCAGCAACUUUUCAAAGCAGAUGACGAAGUCCGACAAGACGCGGUGAUGGAACAAGUGUUCACGAUGACGAACGAUCUGCUCAUACGAGAUAGACAAGCCAAAGCUCGUAGCCUGAAAUUCCGGACGUAUAACGUUGUACCCUUACCGGAAAGAACGGGUAUAAUAGAAUUUGUGGAAGGUACCAAGGGUAUCGGAGAAUGGCUGAAGCCUGCUCAUUUGAAAUAUCGAAGUGGAAUCGAUAUUCUCCCAUCCGAAUUUCAAUCGAAGAUUUCUCAGGUUCAAGAACGUGAUUACAAGUCACCAGAUCUAGUCAAGAGAUAUAACGAUUGCAUGAAACGUUUCCAGCCUGUAAUGAGACAUUUCUUCGUUGAAAAGCAUAAAGACCCUAUGGCGUGGUUUACUAUGAGACUGAACUAUUCAAGAUCAGUCGCCGUCACUAGUAUAGUAGGAUGGAUGGUCGGUCUAGGUGACAGACACUGCUCGAAUAUCUUGAUCGAUCAGAGUUCGGGAGAAUUGGUUCACAUCGAUUUUGGUAUCGUCUUCGAAGAGGGGCGUAAACUUCGAAUACCUGAAAUGGUUCCAUUUAGAUUAACAAAUGAUUUAGUAGAUGGAUUCGGUAUCACAGGAGUGGAAGGAACUUUCCGAAGAUGUUCCGAACAUACUUUGAGAGUACUUAGAGAUUCUUCAUCUCUGAUUCUCACCGUACUAGAAGUAUUCAAGCAUGAUCCUUUAUACGCAUGGGCAGGUGAUCCAGAUAAACUUCAAAGAGCUCAAGGUGGAGGAAGAGUAGAUAUGAUAUCUAAUGAUGCGAACGUACAGGAGAAGGCGGAUAGAGUAUUAGGAAGAAUCAAGGGAAAACUAGGAACAGAAUUAUCAGUGGAAUAUACGGUCAACAUGUUGAUUCAAGAAGCUAGAAAUGUAGAGUUCUUAGCCAAAAUUUAUCAUGGUUGGGCUUCGUGGUUCUAA